AUGGCUAAUGGAAAAAAUUUUAGUAAUCUUCUCUUUAGUCAAAUUCCAGUUGACCUUGAUUCACCUGAACCUUUUUGGUUCGGUAGUCAAGGUCCUGAUGACUCUCCUUUCAUGAGUGCUCCCGACGUUCCUGCUAAGUCUCCUGUGAGCUCUUCUCCGGACGUUCGGGCAAAGUCUGGUGUGAAUCCAAAUGCCUCAUGUCCUGAGAGGAGAAAAUGGACUCCCAGAGAUGAUAAAAUCCUUAUUGGUGCUUGGCUAAACACCAGUAAGGACCCUGUGAUGAGCAACGAGCAGAAGUCCACUUCUUUCUGGAAGCGUAUAGUAGAGUACUACAACGCAAGUCCUCUCCUCGCUGGGACAGUACCGAGAGAGAUCACCUCUUGCAAGCAGAGGUGGUCUAGGAUUAACGGCGAUGUAUCCAAGUUCUGUGGCUGCUACGAUGCGGCUCUGAGGGAGCAGAGAAGUGGGCAAAACGAUGAUGAUGUGAUGAAAACCGCCUUGGACAUUUUCUUCAACACGGUCGGCUACAAGUUCGCCAUGGAUCACUGCUGGAGGGAGCUGAGAUACGACCAGAAAUGGUGCUCCCACUAUCCUGCUAAGGACGCUGGAAAGGAGAAGCGCAAACAAGCUGUGGAGGUGGAUACAGAAGUGGCCGAAGGUGUCGAUCCAGAAGUUAGACCUCGCGGGGUUAAAGCGGCCAAAGCUAGUACCAAGAAGAAGAAGAGUGGCAGGGAGGAGGAGUUGUCGAGGCUACAUGGGGUUUUAGAAAUUAAAGAGAAACUGUCUAAACAAAAGCUUCUUGAUCGUUUACUAGCUAAGAAAGAACCUCUCUCAGAUAUGGAAAACAGUUCGCAUGUGGGAAGGAGUCACGGGUCUUUAUCUGAUGGAGUAGGAAUCACGGGUGAUGGAGUAGGAUUCACGGGUGAUGGAGUAGGAAUCACGGGUGUAGUUGUAUGA